GUUCGAAGGCUUCUCCUUUCCCUCCCCGUCCUCCAGCGAGAGCCUCCGAGUGCCAAACGGCGACGAUGACCCUUUUCUCCAUUGUGAGAGCAACCUAGUCUCUCCCCUCUCCUCUCGAUGCCCGUCUCCGCGACUCGGCUCUAGAGAUUACUCCGCACGGAUUUCCAAACGCUCUCGAUCCCCUUUCCGCCUUGGCCCAGCGCCAACCUCUAUCCCUCCCUCUUACAUGGACCAACAUCGCCUCUCGAUUGGAACUUUGACCCGAAAACUAAAUUCUCAAACGCUGGAGCACAACGACCCGAGCAGCGAUAGCGACGAUAGUCGUGGCUAUCCGGUAACUCCUCGAAGUGUGUACCUGGAGCCCAGCGGCAGGGCAAGCCGCAGGCCGAGCAUCGCGUUCAUAUCUCCUCAGUAUGGCGACAGGCCCGACGGGUGCGCUCCCUCCUGUCUUGACACCUCGCCCAUGUCCACUCCUCGUUCCUGCUUGGACCGUCGACCCUCUCACCCUGCCGCUUACACCUCCGCCCCGAACACAUCCACUCCCCGGCACGGCAGUAUGGAGGCAGGCACGCACCGACAGUCGAUAAGCGCGCUCCGAUCACAGCGCGAGAAGCUAUCCAUCCUCCAGUGUGCAUCCACGUCCGUUGCAGACACCAUCCGUCUCGCCCAAAUACUAGAUGAGGACGAAUGCUUCCGCUGUUACGCGGACGGCUACCUCAACGACGGCCAACACCCCAGCUCCCUCCCGCCCUCACGAACACCCUCACGAAAACAGCCCCAGAAAAACGCCGAUGCGCCAAAAUCAUCCAGCUGCUCAAAGCUCUCUGGCGCCCCUGCCGGGAAGUCGAAAGUUGACAAGUCUUACGCCUAUAGUGACCGAAGAAGUGGAAGGGCCGCACCAAGUGGACUUCGAAGAAGAAGCCUGGUCCUAGCAGCCGUCACAGCCGUGCUUGAAGCUGAAUCGGCCGCAAAGCAUCAAAAUUCUACAGUUGACUCUACAGUCGUAGAUCUACCGCAACCAUUGGAGACUGAGACUCGACGAUCCUAUUCCCAAUCUGUGUUCACAUAAGUUUGAUUGAGCCGGACGGUUGAUUUUCUCUCUUAUAUCUUUUCUUUUUCCUUUCUUUUCUUUUCUUUAUUUUUCUAUCAUCAUGCCAUCCGUUUGUCUAUACAUAUAUUGUCUCAUUUUACACCACUAUACCCUCUUCCUUCACAGGGACUUGGGCGGACUUUUAUCAGAUUUCUCUAGUCUAGCAAUUUUUGCCCUCUUUUCUUGUUGUCUCUCACAUAGAAUUUUUUUUUUUUUUUUCUUUUUCUCCUUUUUCUCCGCCCUUCAAGCUCUGAGAGCAAUACAUACUCAUUAUACUCAUUGUCAUUUCCUACUUGCAUUUUUUGGGGUGUUCAUAUUGACUCGGCUUUGGGAACUUGAUAGAUACAGAGUCACAAAUUAUGGGAUUAUUUAUGGUUGUAAUCUGGGGUUACACCUGGUUACUUAGUAA